CUAGCGAUUUUGCUUCUCUGCGUGAGCUUAUACUUCUUGAGGAUUUCAAGAAGUGUUUACCUGAACGCAUCGUAUUAUAUCUAAAUGAGCAAAAGGUGACGACGUUAUCGAUUGCUGCUGUUUUGGCCGAUGAAUUUGCGCUAACGCAUAAAAACGUGUUUUCUGUUGUGCGCGGUGACAGGCCUGGUGUUGUGGCUGCAUCUUUGAAUACUGUACCGGCCAAGAUCAAUGGGGAACGGUUUAGAGAAAAACGUGAGUGUUUUUAUUGCCAUAAAGUAGGUCAUGUCAUUGCUGACUGUAUGGUAUUAAAGAGAAAAUCAAAUCCGGUUAAAACGCAGUCAGUAGGUCUUAUCAAAACUUCUUUAGUACAGGCUGAUUCAGGGUAUGAACCAUUUUUGUUAGAUGGUUUUGUGUCUUUCAGUGGUCAACUUGAGGACCGAGUUGCAGUGAGAGUGUUGAGGGACACUGGUGCUGCUCGCUCGUUGAUGCGCGGUGAUGUUUUGCCUUUCUCCAAGGAGUCUGGUUUGGAUUCCAGCAUUUUAGUGCAAGGUAUUAGUAUGGAAGUAAUAAAAGUCCCAUUACAUCGAGUACAUUUGCAAUCUGAGCUUGUAACUGGCUUUGUUGACGUGGGGGUACGACCUACCUUACCAGUUCCUGGUAUUGAGUUCAUUCUGGGUAAUGAUUUAGCAGGGGGUCGUGUGUUGCCAGUUUUAGAGGUUUUGGAUAAUCCUGUGAUUACUCCUACUUCAGCAGAAUUGACUCAGAGAUUUCCAGAAGUUUUCCCAGCGUGUGUCCUGACUCGGUCUCAGACGAAGAGGAUGGGAACGGAGUUUACACUAGAUGACACCUUCAUGUGCACUGAUCAUCCAGUUCAAGUUGAUGUGGAGUCUGUCAGUGUCAAAGAGCAUCCAUGCCAGGAGUCAGAAUCAGAACAGAGGUGGAUGCUAGUGCCGUUGGAGCUGGUGCUGUGCUCUUACAGGAAGAUAAAGAAGGUUUCUUUAUUGGUUCGCCUGACCAUCUGGGAGGAUCUGGAUGUCCAAUCAGGAGACGCGAUGCAGAAUUUAAAUGGAAUUGGUGUGCAUGUUUCGGGGGCGGUGGAGUUGUGGCUAGCUUCACCGCACCUCAUUUGUGCUGUGGUUUUCUUUUGA